UGCUUCAUGAACGCGGUGCUGCAGUGCCUGAGCAGCACCAAACCGUUACGGGAUUUCUGCCUGAGGAAGGAAUUCCUCCAGGAGCAGCCGCCCGGAGCCCGCGGCCCACAGGAGCUCACUGAGGCCUUCGCCGAUGUCAUCGCUGCCCUCUGGCACCCGGAAUCCACCGAGGCCGUCAACCCUGGGCGCUUUAAGGCCAUCUUCCAGAAGUACGUCCCUUCCUUCACUGGAUACAGCCAGCAGGACGCCCAGGAGUUCCUCAAGUUCUUCAUGGACCGACUGCACGCCGAGAUCAACCGCAAGGGCCGCAGGACCCCCAGCAUCCUGGCGGACACCCGGCGCAGCCCCCACCCCGAGGACAGCGAGAGCAUGAGCGACGACGAACGCGCCAACCUGAUGUGGAAGCGCUACCUGGAGAGGGAAGACAGCAAGAUCGUGG